AUGAAAGAAGUUAUUUCUAUACACGUUGGGCAAUGUGGCGUUCAAGUGGGAAACGCAGUUUGGGAGCUCUACUGCGCCGAACACGCUGUUAAAACUGAUGGAUCACUUUAUGAACAUCCCCAUGAUCAGGAAUGGGUAGAAACUUUCUUCAAUCUGUCCGAAAAAGGUCGAUAUGUUCCCCGAUGUCUUUUCAUUGACCUUGAACCUUCUGUCAUUGAUGAAAUUAGAGUUGGACCCUGGCGCAGUCUUUUCCAUCCAGACAAACUGAUCACCGGAUAUGAGGAUGCGGCAAACAACUUUGCACGAGGUUACUUCACCGUAGGGAAGGUUCUUCUCUCCCCUAUUCUCAAUGAAGUUAGGCGUACCAUUGAACAAUGUGAUGGUUUGCAGGGUCUGCUUUUCUUCAGAAGCCUUGGUGGUGGUACUGGCGCUGGUCUUACAGCAGCCAUUUUGGAUGUUCUUGGAGAUUAUCGAAAAUAUACGAAAGUAGAAAUCCCAAUAUACCCAGCUCCAUCUCUUUCACCCGCCGUUGUUGAACCUUACAAUUGUAUUUUUGGUGAACAUUUUGCUAUGGAAGACUUCAAUAUGGGUCUUCUUAUGGAUAACGAGGCCUUAUAUGAUGUGUGCUCCAGGUUUCUUUCAUCAAGAUAUACUACUUACACAAAGAUUAACCGACUUACAGCAAUAGUUGUUAGUGCAAUUACCGCCUCUCUUCGAUUUAAGAAUACUCUAAUGGCUGACCUCAAUGUCACCCAGACUAAUCUCAUCCCUUAUCCAAGAAUUCACUUCCCCUUAGCUAAUUUCGCUCCCUUUAUUUCUCCCGACAAGACAGAAUAUGAACCAUCGCGGGUGAAAGAAAUAACAAAAUCAGUAUUUGAUCGUGAGAACCAGUUGAUCAAGAUUGAUCCAACUUAUGGAAAAUUCAUGUCUUGUGCUCUACUUUAUCGAGGUAACGUAAGCCCGGCUGAAGUUUAUGAUGCUCUGGCUGAAAUGAAAUACUGUCGCGGGCUGAAGUUUGUCGAUUGGUGUCCAACCGGUUUUAAAGUCGGUAUAACAACUGAAACUCCAGUUUCUAGAUGGGAUAGUGGAAUUGGGCAGAUGAGCAAGAACGUGGUUAUGUUGGCCAACAACUCAGCAGUUGGACAAGCCUGGCAAAGAAUCGUUCGUAAAUACUACAUGUUAUACUCGAAACGAGCUUUCGUUCAUUGGUAUGUGGGAGAAGGUAUGGAGGAAGACGAAUUUAACGAAGCGCUGGUAAAUAUGACUUCAUUGGUAAAGGAUUAUGAAGAAGUGGCAAGGGAUUCUUCCGACAACUAA